GGCACCAUUUGGGAAUAAGUUUUUUCUGUAGGAAUUAUUUGGAAAAAACCCGAUUUAAUUGACAUUCAUUUGAAACCCCAUAAUUCUAAAAUCGACUCGAUUACUAAUUUAAAUAAUCGAUGUAUUUUUUAGACUUUGAUUUUUGAUAAUGGCUGAAUUGACAGGGAUAAAAGUAACAGAAUGUGUAAGAAAUUUUACCUUAUGAAACUAUUGCAAAGAGACGAUAUGGCCUGCAAUUACUCCAGGUGAGAAUUUCAACGGAGGUGGAUUUGCACUAAAACCAGGCCAAUCCAUGGCGUUCACUGCCCCUGUCGGAUGGAGUGGCCGUAUAUGGGCUCGAAGCGGUUGCAACUUCGAAAAAAAAGGCAACGGAACAUGCCAAACCGGAGCCUGCGGUUCAUCCUUAAAGUGUUCCGAUUCCGGUCAAACCCCAGUAUCAAUAGCUGAAUUCACCCUUGCCGAACUGGAUUUCUAUGACGUCAGCCUCGUUGACGGGUUCAAUUUGCCGGUAGUUGUUACACCAAUCAACGGUAACGGAAAUUGUAGCGUCGCUGGUUGUGUUUCUGACAUGAGGCGUAGCUGUCCAUCGGAUCUGGCCGUCAAGUCAAAGGGGAAGGUUAUCGGUUGCCGGAGUGCUUGUGACGUGUUCAAUACCGAUGAAUAUUGUUGUAGAGGAGUCUAUGGUAAUCCUAUAGUAUGCCAACCUACGUAUUAUUCAAAGAAAUUUAAGAAGGCAUGCCCUACUGCUUAUAGUUAUCCAUAUGAUGAUCCUUCUCGCAUUUUUACUUGCUCUGCUCCUCAUUAUGUUGUCACCUUUUGGUGCUAA